AAAGCAAUACGCAAUGCUCUGAAAACGUAAACUCUGCGCUUUUCCUACGGCCUUUCCUUGGGUUUUUUGGCCAGCGCGAAUAUCGAUUGCUGACUGCCUUGCAUAAGUCCAGAGAGAUUAGUAUACAAACGCAGUCAAAACUGUCUGAAGCCCAGGUAUAAAAAAGUCACAAAAACCAUCUGAAAGGAGUCAGAAAGGACAACGAAUUACAGAAAAUAGAUCUUGGAGUGCAACUACAUCUACAUCUAGUAAUUAAGUUUUUUUUAAUCAACCGAAAUGGAGCAGCUGAAGCCAAAAGAUUUCAAAGCCUGGCCCAGACAAUUGACACGUUAAAAGCGAAAAACAACGAGGCGAAUGAGCAAUAUAUAUAUGUAUAGAGAGAGAUUUAUAUAGAAGUUGAGUUCAGCGAAUAUCUGUGAACGGGUCUAUUCUAGUAUCCUGUGUGCUUGUGUGUGCUUGCCCCUGUUUCGCUUUUCUUUUCCAUUUUAUUUCCUUUGUUGCUGUUUGUUUGUUACGCUGAAAAUGGAUAUUGCCUUGCGUGGCACAGCAUCAACGACUGGAACUGGCACUGGUCUACAUCAUGCUGUGUCAUUGGGCAACAUUGAGGUCUCCGCGAAGAGCACUUACUCCAGCCAUAUAGAUAGAAGUUACGAUUCCGAAGACGAACAUACUAGUCGCCGAAGACUCCGCCACACACUCUCCACCGAGUUACAGCCUCGCACUUCCGUUUACUCACGCGGAGAUAUUAGGGAACAGUACUGCCUCACAGAUCGCCAGUUGCAUAGCAUAGAGCAACGACCUAGGAGGGAACGAUUCUUUGGCUGCCUUUCUCGGAGAGGACAGACCCAGUCGGGAAGUUUUUUGGGCGGUUGUGUGGGUCGACGAGUGCCCUCUGAUGAAAAUCUAGCAGCCUAUGCUCCAUUUGAAAAAUAUCCACGCUAUCAGAACAACUAUACUGACACACACGAUAUGGAUAGUUCCUAUUUUCGACGUCAGCCGGCUUCCAUUUUGAGUACCGGUAAAUCGAGUGAUACGGAUUCGGGAGGACGCUACAGCUGGAUAGGUCAACAGCAACAACAACAACAGCAAGUGCAAAUGCAACAAACCAACAACAACACCGACUAUCAAACGGACCACAGGGCAACUUGUUGUACAGCACCACUUGAAUCCUUUUACCAGGAUGUUUUGCUACGGAAUUAUUAUGUCGAGCUUUGCGCUCCACCAAAUCCUACACCACCAACAUCACACACCAAUCAAAUCGCUAAUCUAAAUGUUUGCUCGUAUCACUGCCCCACGUACGCCACCAUGCCGACGACGCACCACCACCACCAGCACCACCAGCAGCCUGGUAGUAGUGUCAGGACCAAGCACGUAAGCUUCGCCAGGAGCCACACUCUGACCAGCUUCGACAACGUCAACGCCGGAUUUAGAUCUUCGGGCCGUUUGAAGUCGGCCAACAGCCAGGAGCGACUGAUUGGGGGCAAGAAGCCGAUUAUUGCCACAGGAUCCAUGUACGAGACACUGCAGCCCACGAUGCCGAAUCCGCAACAACAGACGCAACCGCCCCAGAGCUCCACGCUGCCGAAAACCUGGCUGCCGCCUCCAGUUCAGCUCCAACCAUGCCAUCACCAUGGACCCAUACACCUGCAUCAGCCAAUACCAGACAACAUGGUAGGCCUGAUCAUCCCACAACCCCUGCCCCUGGCUAUGCCGCUGCCACUGCCCAGUCCCGAGGUCCUGAUUGUCGAAAAGAAGUUCCGAAACGCCAUGAAGACCCAGGCCACUCAAACGGACGUGGCUGCCCGUCGCCAAGAGGGCUAUAAUACCCAGGUGCUGGCCCUGAGUCCCCGGCCGCCCCAUCGCAUUAAAGUGGUGUCGCAGGGGGCCCAGACCAAUGGCCUGCAAAACGGCAAAAAGCUCACAAAAAGCCUCUCGGAGAUACCGAACGGCAAGGAUGUGCAAUCAUAUCAUUAUCCUCAGAGUUCCAUGUAUCCCCACGAGAUGAUCUACCGCACUCAGUCGCAGGAUGUGGUUCCGCUGCAGACCCUCUCCGACGCCCAGAACAACAUAAUGUACUACAAGCCGCCGCCCCCGCUCCUGGAUGCCCAUAGCUAUGGCCUGGGAAUGGAGCACCUGAGUCGGGGCCGGCCAUCGCCCUCUGUGGAGAACGUGGAGUACGUGAAUGUAAAUGCCGCCGCAGUGGCGUUAAAUGAAAGCUUCGACUACGAGAGCAACAGUUUGCCUCGACGAGCUUGUACCUCGCAUGUCCGCACCGAAACGGACUACUAUUCCAACAGCUUGCCGAGGAAGCCGGAGAAUCUGCACACCCACGACGUCUGUAAGCACAUCACCGAGUGCUCGGAGCUCAUCAACGACACUGUUCCUCUGGACUUUACCCAAUCCCAUCUACUGCCACCGCCCAGCGAGUAUUGCAAGAACGACGACGACGUGGAGUACUACGACGACGAUGAGGAUCCGCCCCACGAGACCGAGAGCUACAGCUCAGAGGUGUGCAUCGAACAAGUGGCAGCCCAGAAUCGUAGAAUGUCGAUGCUGCCCCAGAUGAUCGAUUCACCUUUCCGGCGGGACGACAUUCGGCGCCAGUCCAUGCCGGUUUAUGGCCAAACUGAGAAGCUCAUUGACGGCUUCGGGCCGAGGACCUCCUUCCGCCGUCGCGACAAGGUCAGCUGCUUUGCCGACGAACCUCCCCAGGCCCCCAGUCGCGAUGAGCAGGAGAUUUUCAUCGACUUUAAGCCACACAUCUCGCCGAAGCCGAGUCCAAAGUUGCAGCUGAAGCACCGGAAGCAGCACAAGGCGGAAAUCGCCAUGAAGAAGAUGCAGCAGCAGAGGAUGGCCCAGGCGGCUGCUCUGACUCUGCCGAAGCCCAAGCCACAGCCAGUCGAAGUUGAGGUUAGAAAAGUUGAACAUGAGCCCAGCGAGGACGACGAGGAAGAAGAGGAUGCCGAGGAGGAACCCGAGGAAGAGGACGAGGACGAGGAGGAAGAGGAGGAGAAGCUGGAUCCCGAUCAUCCGGAGGAUGAGGAGCCACUCUACGAGAACAUCACACCCUCGUGUGGCUGCAAAAUCGAACCGAUCCAAACUGACCUCCAGGAUAUCCAGGACAAACGGUCACAGUUUCGCAAACGAUCGGUUAGCCUCGAUGAUGAUUACGCCGCAUCGACGGCCCUGGUAUCGGGAUCCACUCCUGGCCUGAGACUUCCGUCCACACCGGCCAGUCCUUGCCGGGAUGAGCUGCUGGCCAAUGUUUCAACUUAUCCAUCCUCAGACUCGCUGGCCAAUGACAAUACACGCGAUCAUUCCGACGGCAUCUGGAAUGAGUCGCAGGUUACUGUCUUGACGGCUGAACAGCGCGAUAUUUCCGAUGGUUCCUACAGCUCCAACUUGCUGCUGACUCCGUCGUCCAAGCGAAAGAAUCUGUUGCUGCAGCAUCAGCAACGCAGCUCAGUGGAUACGGAUGCCUUGGAUUUCGAGGAACAGAGUCCCACCUAUGGCCUGCAAACACUGCCGAAGAUCAUAAAGACCAGUACUCCGACCACUUCCAGGCCAGCAUCCACCCAACCACUGAUACCACCGCCUGCCAUUGCAGUGACCCCAUCAUCGAAUCAACUGCCGGAGACCUCCAUUAGCUCCCCAUUGCCGAAAAGGAUAAUGGUGGCCAGGGGUUCAGUUCCAGAUGCCCGUCAGCUGAUAUUCAUGGGCGGAGCAGGCAAACAAAGACACUCGGAUGCAUCCUUUUUGCCCAUGGGCGGCACGGACUACGCCCGGAGUGCGGAUAUAUCCGAGUGCAGCACCAACACAGAUGAGUAUGCCACCUGCACGGACAACUCGAAACGCACACCAGUUUCCACGCAGAGCUCGCAGCUGGAAAAGACCCAUGCCGGCAGCUCCUUUGAAAGCGCCAGCUCCUUGUACUCCAUGCGUGAGGAUCUACUGCAGCAUGACGAAAAGGAUAAGGACAAGGACAAACAGGUGGCUCUUGCCAUGAUCCAACUAAAAUCCCCCAUGGGCUCUGUGGCCGAGCUGACCAAGAAGUCACCGUCGCAUUCCAUCAGUAGCACCACUUCUUCGGGCAGCUGCCCCGUUUCCGGUGUGGCCACCAAGUCGCCUGCCAAGGAUGGCCAGCCCCAGACCGCUGUUUCCAGCUCAGGGACGAACCAAACAAAAGUCAGCACCGCGGAGAGUACACCACUGGCGGCUGGUAAGCCCAAACCGGAUUCCAUAUCCGAGGACGAAAGGAGUGAGGUGCGCUACUCCUCGUCGGGCUACUACGAGAGUCCCCACGACGAGGACGACGAGGAACAGGUGAUGCGCAGCAAGGCCCGACGACUGCGGCAAGAGGACGAGCGGAAGCGCCGCAAGACCAGCAUGAAGCUGGACAUCGAGAAGGAGAACAUGAGGGCCCUGACUAGUCCCAUAAAGAAGCCAGCCACCCAGGGCAAGAUCACCUCCCCCGAGCAACAGAAUCCUGGCUUGCCCGACACUGGCAGUCCCAGCAAGAUGAAACGUUUCCGUCCCAAGAUACGACGUCAGUUGAGGAAGAGCUCCAGGGAGGACGUUCUGGCGGCAGCGGCAGCUCGCAGAAGCCGGCCCACUAUUUUCGGCCUGAGCAGUGGCAGUGGCGACACGGAGAUCCUUUUAGAUGCCAGCAUGUCUACAGGAACUCUGUCAGGCACAACUGCUUCCAUUACCACAAGCAAAAUCUCUGUGGGCUCCAAGGCAUCAGCCCCAGAGAUUACGGCUUCCACCCAAUCAGAGCCUGUGGUGCCCUCUUCCGCCGCAAAGAAGCCCCAUAGCUGUGCCACGCCUACGGCCCUGCUGUCGCCUAAACUGCCCACAGUCAGCAGCACUCACUCGAAAUCGACCUCUGAGACCUUUCAGCUUAAAGCCAAGUCCAUUGAGUCCUUGCGCUCCGUGUCGCCAGGAUCGGACUCGGUUUUCUACAGCGAGGCUGAUGGAAAUGCCGCCAGUGCCGAUCAGAGUCACUGCCUCCACUGUGGCAAGGAGAUGGAGGGAAAGCAGCAGAGCAACACAAUCAGCGAACUGGCCGGGGACUCGGUGGAGUCCAUACCCUACAUCGAACAGGAUAUAGUGAAGCCACCGUCGGAUUUUGCCGACUCCCCAGUGACCACCAAGACCACUCAGCGUUUGUACAAGAAAAUGGACAAGCGCUUCCGAUCGGAGGAGCGGUAUCACGGCGAAAGGGGCAGGCACUACAAGACCAGACAGGAAAACAUAAGAGCCAAGAGCGAAGAACGUGGUCGGGUGCCCAGCUUGCCGAAUACUCCAGUCCUGCGCCCUGCCGGCUCCAGUCCUUGUGUCCUGCCAGACAUAAAAACGGAGCAGAGUCAGCACAUUAUAUACAAAGGUCACUACGAUGCAGGACGCUAUACACGCUUGACCGAUGACGAUUUGUGGACUCAGUUGGAUCAUCAAUGCUUUGAUCGUUCUCGAGAACGUCGUGCCUCCACAGAAUCUGAAAAAGGCUUUCAUGCCAAAUACCAAGUAAUUCUCCAUAGACUGGUUCAACGUCGCUGCACCCUGGAAAUGUAUCAUCGCCAAAAACACAACAGCUUUCGCGUGGACAAGACUGUGGUGGUGAAAAGUGAUUCGGGUGAGUUUGGCUUUCGCAUUCAUGGCUCGAAGCCCGUGGUGGUGGCUGCCAUUGAACCGGAGACUCCGGCUGAGAGUUCGGGCCUCGAAGUGGGCGACAUCAUCAUAUCCGUGAAUGGGGUUCAGGUGCUGGACAAACAUCACACCGAGGUGGUUAAGAUAGCCCACGAUGGCUGCGAGAAACUGGCUCAGGUAGCCAGGACCAUUGGGGUCCUCAUGCACGAACAGCUGGAGCCACCAAGUCAGCCCAUUUUCAGCGGAUAUCUGUGGCGGCAGAGUGGGCAGGCCAAAGGAGCUCCCAACUCAAAGAAAUGGGUGCGACGUUGGUUCUCCCUGAGGCCCGAUAAUUGUCUGUACUACUACAAAACUGAAGAUGACUCUCAGCCUGUGGGUGCCAUGAUUAUGGCCAAGCACACCGUCGACUUGUGCUCCGUGGACAUUGGCAAGCCAUUCGCCUUCAAGGUGGACUCUGGCGAAGGCAUCCCCAUGUAUGUGGCUGCCGACUCCGAUGAACUGGCCAACCGGUGGCUCCAACUUCUAAGACAGGCAGCUGCUCAGGAUAACCAGUGGCUAGACAAGAGUGCCCGGUGUUUGUAUCAGAGCCCCACCAGCAUCCAAAGGCCCGAUUGCUUCGGCUACUUGCUGAAAUUGGGCUCAAGGUGGUGCGGCUGGUCGAAGCGGUAUUGUGUUCUUAAGGAUGCCUGCCUCUAUUUUUACCAAGAUGCAAAUAGCAAGAGUGCAUUCGGCAUGGCCUGCUUGCACGGCUACAAAGUGGCCUCAAUGUCCGCGAACGCGUCCGGAAAGAAGAACUCGUUCGAGAUAAUACCACCAGAAACCAAAUUGCGUCAUUAUUUUUUCUGCACCGAAAGCGAAAUGGAUAAGAAGCGCUGGAUAUCCGCACUGGAAUACUCUAUUGAUCGCUGGAUAAAGUCCGGGUAACUAAGGUUAAAGACACGCUCCAGAUCGGCUCUGAGCAGCCGGCUCAAGCGUCGCAGUUUUAGCUAUUUCAUGGAUUAGGCCAAGAUUCAUGGACUUGUUCGACACUAGUACGGGUACUACCAAAACAAAACACACACUUAGAAUGUAAGCCAAGGAAACGGAAACCAAUUAGUCUUUAGGCAUAGAUGAUUGCUUAGUCCAAGGAAUUUAGUCGGUCAUUCAAAAAUCGGGUUUAAAACUAUUUUGAACAAAAGCGUACUUACACGUAUAUAUUAUAUACACAUAUAGAGGAAUACAAUUGAACAUUUUUGGUGUGUAUUCUUGUUAUAUAGCUUACAAAAUUAACAUAUAUAGGUAUAUAUAUACAACUAAUGUUUAGUGAGGUUGUCAUGUCACUUAAAUAUACAAAAAUAUAGCCGCGCGAGGGGAGAAGAGAUCGUACAGCAGACCAAAUUGAUUGUCUAAUGUAUAUAGAAUUCAUCUAGGCUAAAUCGGAAUCCAAAUUAGAAUGAUUAGGUAUUCAAGGCUCCAAAGGCAAGGCACGGCGAGAGAUUUUUAGAUAAAUGUCUAUUUACAGAAAGGGUAAACCAAAACGAGAAAGACGCGAGACCAACAUUUCGGAAUUAUCAAAGAUUAAUAGUUCAUUCAGAAAUCCUUAUCGAGGGCCGACACAAGUUUCCCAUUUUCCAUAGCUGCUUCCAUCGUCAUAAAUAUAUAAAUA